UUAUAACUAACCCAGGCCUCAGCAUUGAUAAGACACCUUAUUCUAACUCUCACCUUAACUCUAACUAUAUCCCUGGUAAACCAUAGCUUAAACUAGCUCUAGCCUAAUUGUAGCUGUAGGAAACAGACCCACUUUUUUAAUUGAAAAGUUUAAAGAAGUAAAGUUCCCUUUUUGAACCUGAUGGUCCACGGAGCAGGUGAAUUAGAAUUUACCUGUUACUGUGACCUCAGCAUGUGAAGGAAUAGCUACCCAUCAGAGCUGGGUGAACUCAGAGAUGUUCUACAGACUUAACCCGGAUUUGCAGUCUAGCAUUCUACUGCUAGGCCCCACCAUCCCAUUUUUUUUUUAGUUUUAUGUUUCUGAUAAGUUCCAAUGCAGCUGUUGCCCUUCAUUAUUGAUCCAUAACCUAAGCACCGCUUAAUAAUAGAUAACACUUGAACUUUGAAAGCACUGAUAUGAAUUAUGAUUCACAAAUGACCUUAGAUGUAGAAUGUAGAGCAGAAGCUGCAUAGUAUGCUGUUUUGACCUAAUAUUCACUGUUAUUAUCAUGAGGCCUUAUGACUCUAAGAAUACUUCAAGUGGUAGUUCAUGACAUAGUUGUUUUUACACUGCUUAUUGGCUCAAAGAUUGCUGGAAUAAACUUGUAUACGUUUGAUUUACCGGUGGUUAAAUGUCAGUAAACUAAUUGAAUUGAGCAUGGAGUUUGUGAAUCCUGUUAUCAGACUUGUACAAAACCCUACUGUUACAGCUUCUGUGUGUUUUGCAGGGCUGUAUGCUGCUUAUUAUUUAUUUUAUGUUGUUAAGAAACCUGUGAUAGCUUGUGGUGAUAAGAAAUUCAGACAGUUUAUUGACAAACACUGCCCUGUUUCAAGGGAAAAGUUCUGGCCAACAUGGUGGUGCUUUGAAGCCAGAGCCCAUACUAUUCUCAGAGCUCUGUUACAGUCAUGUCCAGAAGUGGAUUAUUCAGAAGAAUAUUUAACAACACCCGAUGGAGGGGAGAUCAAACUAGACUGGAGUGAGAAUGACAGCAAUACCAAGUACACCAAAGAUUUGAGACCCACUAUUGUAAUGCUCCCUGGGCUCACAGGGAGCAGCAAAGAAAAUUAUAUCCUCCACAUGGUGCAUGAUGCAAAUGACUUGGGAUACAGAUCUGUGGUCUUUAAUAACAGAGGGACAGGAGACACUAAGCUUAAGACCCCAAGAACCUAUUGUGCUGCCAACAUUGAAGAUACAGAGUUUGUUAUACAACAUGUCAAAAACAAGUACCCUAAUGCGCCUCUGAUGGGGGUAGGAGUAUCUCUAGGAGGAGCAAUAUUGUUCAACUAUUUAGCAAGAAGUGGUCAGGGGAGCAAGUUAAUUGCUGGCAUCGUCUGCUCUCCAGCGUACAACUUUAGCGAAUCAACAAAAACACUGGAGCAGCCAGUAAAUUAUUGGAUAUUUAAUAGGAGGCUAGCGAGCAACCUUUGUCACUUGUUGAGGAAGAAUCUCCACUUGUUUGAACACCACUUAGAUAUUGACACAGCUCAUGUGUUAAGGAGUGAAUCAAUCAAAGACUUUGAUGAGCGUUUCACCUCCAAACUGUUUGGCUAUGACUCAGUAGAUCACUACUACACUGAAGCAUCUCUGCAUACCAAGGUCCAUGCACUGGCCAAGCCUGUCCUGUGUCUGAGUGCUGCUGAUGACCCUUUUUCACCGGAACACUCCAUACCAAUGGCAGAGGCAGAACAGAAUGACAACAUUGCCAUUGUCAAGACAUCACAUGGAGGACAUAUAGGCUUUUUAGAAGGGACCUUCCCUCGUGACAGAAGCUACAUGUACAGGUGGUUCAAGCAGUAUGUCUCAGCUGUCUUUGAGCAAGGCUUUAAAGAUGAAUAGCUUCCACAAUUUAGCUUCCAAACUAUUAUUUAUUUAUAUUUUAGUUCAGUCUUUCAACCCAAAUCAAAAUGUCAUUGAAAGGAAAAUCUGAAAAAGUGUUCCAGAAGGUACGCACCAAAAAGACUCACCUGUGUUAGCAUAUAGCAUUUAUUUAUAAAGCAUUUAUUGUUUUUAUAAUGAGCAGUAUUGGCAUUGAUAAACUAAAAGCAUUGAAUCCAUUGCUUUACUUUGUUACAGUCACAUAAGUAACUGCCAGUGUCACAAGCAUAAUUAAUAUUUUAAAAAUUAUAAUUUUUAAAACUUCACUAAAACAUUUUAAUCGUACUCUUUCUUAAAAGAAACAAUUUAAAUGUUAGAUUGUUUUUAAUGAGCUUAAGUUGUUUUAGUUAGAUGGUGUUAAUAAAUAAAUAGCCUGUUUGGUGACAUCUUGUUAUUUUAUAACUAAAAUUUAUCACUGUUAUAUGUUAUUUGAAAAAUAAAUGCACAUCUAAUGGACAGUUACAGUGGACCAGUAUAUGAUUUUUAUGCACAUUUUAUCUCCAUGUUUCUUGACUUUUUACCACUGAACAAAAGCUCACUUAUAAUAGACUUGUUAAAAUUUCACUCACGUUUACCUCACUUAAGAUCACACUAAUGUUAAGUUGACCUCACUCUAGAUGACAUUAAUUCAGAGGAUUUACUUAUACUCUGUCUCUCUGGUCAUUCUUAUUAUUCUGCACCUUUGUAUUGCAUUUGUCAUACUUGCUAAUAGCAUGCUAGACAAUUUUUUAAUUAAGAUAGUCUAUUGUUCACUAGUUUAGAUAUUUUUUUCUAAUAAAUGUGUUCAUUAGAUAGCAAAGUAACACAAUUUUAUUUGCUAUUUAAAUUUUCCCGGUUUUGUGAAUAUGUUUGUUUGUCUGUUUUUUAAAUUCAUAAUCAGUCAAUGAUAAUGCUACUGUGAAAAUGAGCAUGGAAUAAAUUAUUUUACUUUUGUAAGAUUUUUUUUUUUAACUUAGAAAAUGAGCAUGUUGAAGAAAUUACAUAUUAUGCAAAAACAUUCAGACCUACUUCUGGAGUUUUAUUUUAAAAUGUAUAUGUUGUUUUACUUCCUUUGUUGAUAAACAAUUUUCUGCUUCCUUAAAGAAACUAAAAAUAACUCAUCAGAAAACUUUAUACUGUAAAUAUAAAAACAAGGAAAGUCCAAAGAAAAUAAUUUGCACUGUCACAUUAGUUGAAUUAUUGUUUAAUCAAGUUGCAUCAAGUAAAAGAUUUCCUGUAAAAAGUUUUACAAUAGAAUACCAAAUACAUUUUGUAUAAAGAAUUGAUAGUCAAUGGGAUUUUGUGUCUAGUUAUAGGCAGUAGUUGAGAAAUAUUUAUGGCAUUUAACAUUCCUUAUUGCUUAUGGUUUUUCUAUGUGCUUAGGUUUGUAACAGUUAUGUUUAUAAUUGUAUUGAGUUCGGGUAUACUUAUUAUUUUUGGUCACACAGUCUUAAGAAAGU